AUGAGUGGGUCGCUGUUGGUGGAGCGCGGCAUGAACGGGCGCAUGCAUCACUCCAGUUUGAACGCAAUUGGCUGCAGCACAGCAAGUGGGCCCAAAAACACAACUAGAGAUGACGAUGCAGCUAGCAAUGCAACUGCAACUGCUGCGUCUACGCCCCAAGCCUCAGUCUCGUCAUCAACUGAGGAGAACAAGCUUGAGGACCUGAAGCAUUACAUCGCGCUAGGUUGCCUACACUUGGACCAACACAUCCCUGCGCAAGGCGGCCAAGCGCCCAUUUUAGAUUUGGCAUGGGACGAGCUAUUACACUCCCGGUUCCCGGGUGAAGUCAGGCUGAUCAUUGGUAACGAAGCCUCUCAGCUGCUUGAUGCACAAUGGAUACGGUUGUUUCUCCAUCGCUCUCAACGCGAGACACUCGGCAGCGUCGCCCGCGUCUAUCUACUUCCAGAGGACUGGAGUCGCCGCUCGAUUAGUCGCAGCAGUAUCACUCUGAAGAAGGCACUGCGCCAGCUUCUCAGCCGGAUCGAUACAUCACCGGAUGCAUGGGCUGGCAACGUAUCAGACAAACAAAUCCAGCCAUUUGAUCCAUGGGCUGGUCAAUUGAACACGUCCCUUUACUACCUGUUCAACAAACUACCCUCGCCGGCACCAUCCCCAGCCAACAUCAAAAGCCGCUAUGCCAGGAGAGCAGCCAACGAUCUGAUUGGUUCUGCAGAAGCUUCAGAUUGGGAAGAGGACGGGCAACAACCGCUCAAAGGCCUGAGAACAAGGCUGUAUCCUUAUCAAGCCAGGUCAGCGAGCUUGAUGAUCGAGCGAGAGUUUGCACCCCAGUUACAGCUUGACCCGCGUCUGGAAACUCGCAAGUCUCCGAACGGAGACAGGUUCCUAUACUGUGCACGCGACGGGUCAUUCUUGCAAGACCCGCGGUUCUACGAAAGCAAUCGCGGCGGCAUACUCGCCGAGACUAUGGGCUUGGGCAAGACCAUCAUCUGCCUAGCAGUCAUACUUGCUAGCCAAGGUAAUCACCCUCAGAUACCUGCAUUGUACCAGCGCCCCCUACCCGUGCGCACUCGGGUAGGCACGCUGAAGGAGAUGGCAUCGCAUGUGCCUGGACGGUAUGCUAUACCUGGCAAGGUCUGUCUGGAAGAGAUGGCAGACCACGCCGAUGUCAACUUACCUCGCUUGAAAGAUGUGCUUGAUGAGAACAUCCCAUUCUAUGAGAUCCCACCAGAAAUGCCACGGAUGAAUCGCAACACUAGAAUGCCCCCUGCACGUCAAUAUGUCAUGUGCUCUGGUACGAUCCUAGUGGUGCCUAAGAAUCUGCUGCACCAAUGGCAGUCUGAGAUUCGGAAGCAUUUACUUCCACAAGCCCUCAAGAUCCUUAUAGUCGAUACAGUGUCUAAACACAACAAGGUGAAGGCAGUCCCACUCCACCAAGAGGACUUUGCAUAUGCACAUGAGCUGCCAGCGCCGACCGAGCUCAUGAAGUACGAUGUUGUGUUAUUCACACGCAAUCGCUUCGAGCAAGAGAUCCAGGAUGGGGUCGACAAUCAGGGUAGGCGAUAUGUGGCCGGUGUCUCACGCGCCUGUAUGUGUCCCUACAUUGGCGCCACACGUAUCCCAGAUUGCAACUGUUUUGGAAGCGGCACCGUGUACGAGUCACCCUUGUUGAAGCUGCACUGGCUCCGCAUCAUCAUUGAUGAAGGCCAUAACUUCUCAUCAGCGACGUCCAACGCAGUGCUGGUCGCGAAGCAGAUCCAGGUUGAGAGACGAUGGGUAGUGUCUGGAACGCCUGCCAAGGAUCUGGUGGGAGUGGAGGUUGACAUGUCAACACUAGAAACCAACGAUGAAGAUCCGACUUCUCUCCGUGCAUCAGCCAUCGAGCAGCGCAAAAGUUUCAAUCUUACAGAUGAGUCGAAGGCGGUCAAAGCACUGGGUUCAUUAGCCUCAAACUACCUCAUGGUUCGUCCUUGGUGUGCUUCAAGCGCAGAAGGAGGCCUUGAAUGGGACGAAUAUGUCUACCGGCACGAGCAUUCCCAUCGCAAGACCUACUCGGGCUUUUCUACGUGCUUUCAAAGGAUUUUGGAAGGCUUGGUGGUGAAGACAAGGCCGGAGGAUGUCGAGAAAGACAUAGUGCUGCCACCUUUGAGGCACAACGUUGUAUACCUCCAACCCUGUUGGUAUGACAAGAUGACGGCGAACCUGUUCAUCCAGGUUUUGCGGGCUAAUGCGAUCACAUCGGAAAGGAUCGACGUGGAUUACCUCUUCCAUCCUAACAGCGUCAAGGACAAGCACAAUCUCAUUCGUAAUCUGAGGCAGUCUAACUUUACAUGGACUAGUUUCAGUGUCGAGACCGUAGUUAGCACUUUGGAGACGAGUGCUAAAUACCUUUCCAAAGACGACAAAAAGUGUUCCGUAGAGGACGCCCAGUCACUUUUGGAGAGCAGCCAUUCUGUGGCAGGUCUCCCAGCGACAUCUGACUGGGCAGCUUUGAGUACGGCACACGAGGUCGGUGUUGCAGUUGAGAAGUGGCCAGCAGAAUCCGAGGAGUCUUUUGCAUUUGCAUAUCCUGACGAGCCUACAAUGAUUGGCAUGACGCAACUACUCGAGGGUCAACUGCAUGUUGAUAGCAACAUCAGAUCUGAUGAUCCGUCCAACAACCUCGUCCUGGUUGGCGAAGCAGGAAAAGCGAAAAUCAGGGCAAUGAACGAAGCCGAGCACAAGAUCAAGCAGCCCAUUGAUGAUGCUUCUGCCGACGCUGAGGCAACGUCCAGAAAGACCGGAAUACCUCCGGUACUAAUCGAGGGCUCACAGCCCUUGAACAGUCGCAGAGCAUCGAUCCUUGCUAGUAAAGUAUCACCCAUAAAGCCAGGCAGGACCGAGCCCACAGACACUCCUGAACCUAGCACACCACUGCCGGCUCGACCCAAGAAACGCAAGCUCACACACGAUGACGAGACAGCGACACUACCUGCUGGCUCGCCAUUGCUUGAAACCCGCAUCAUCGGUACUACCUCAGCAAAGCUCACAUACGUUGUCGACAAAGUGGUGGAGCACCAAGCAUCCAAGAAAAUCAUCAUCUUUUACGACGGUGAUAACGCCGCUUUCUACAUCGCACAAAGCCUGGAAGCGCUUUACGUCAACCAUCGCAUAUACGCCCGUCAGCUCGAUAACACAAAGCGUUCAGAGUACGUCCGACUGUUCAACGAAGACGAUUCUGUCAGGGUCUUACUCAUUGAUGUUGCUUGCGGUGCUCUUGGUCUUAACCUCAACGCUGCAAGCGUGAUCCUUAUAGUGAACCCCAUAAACCGUCCAGCCCUAGAAGCGCAAGCCAUCAAGCGAGCGCAUCGCAUUGGCCAAACCAAGGAAGUUAUAGUCGAGACUUUGGUACUGGAGAACACUAUCGAGCAUGCCAUUUUCGAGCGCGCAAAGAACAUGAGCCGUGCCCAGCAUAUGGAAGCGAAAGAGCUAGAGGACGAUGCCGGUAUUGUUGAGAUCAUUCAAAACGCGCAGAUCCUGCCUGUGUUGGAUGAAGAGCUGGGACUUGCGAAAUACGCUCUCCUCAAGAGGCCGCAGCAACUUUUCGGUCGACCGGAUCGGGACAGAUACCACCGCAUCCCGGUGAAGGAUACCCCAGAGAAGUCCAGGAAGAAAAGGAAGAUUUCCAAUACCACCACUCCUUCGAGAGGAAGUGGUGUUGACACACCUAUCGUGAUUGGGGGUCUGUCAUCGAUGAGCUCGCGGGCAGGCCCGCUUGUAUCGGAGCUUUGA